AUGGCUCGCGGGAUCGCCAAGGCCGUAGGCGUUUGCUUCCUUGCAGGCGUUGUUGCCGCUCAGACACCUCUGGGUCCUUCUGAGUACACUGUUCCGGGCGUGUUUCCGACUUCCGUGUAUGAGUCUUAUUACAACGACCCUACUGCGACGACUGCUGAGCCUCAACCGGUCAUUACUGACCCCAUCACUCAUGUAACAUACCCGUACUGGUUGACGAAUCCGGAGACGAUCCCUCAGGAAGACACUUGGGAGACACAUCCUCUGCCUCCGACCGCAUCCUCGUCACAGCUGCUCGACUAUGCCGUGCAACAAAUCAUCUCGAUCUCCACGAGUCCCAUCUUUAGCAGUGACACCUGCGCGGCGUGCCAGGUCUCGCUCGAGGUCGCCAAGUUCCUCGCGCUCGCGGCCCCUGCAGAGGGCCCGAACCUCGCGAUCCGGCUCUGCGAGUACUUCGACUACGCGGACGACUGCGCGGCGGACUACGGGAUCUUCACGCUCGGCGCGACGCUCACGCAGGUCGCCGCAUACGCAGACGCGGGAGGCUAUGACGGCCAGUCGAUUUGCAACCAGUUCCUGGGCCUGUGCCCGGACCCGCCGACAAGCCCCCUGGACCUCACGACUUGGUUCGCCAAGCCGAAGCCAAAUCCCCUUCCGCCCUCACGGAAGGCGACGGGCCAAAGGCUCAAGGUGCUGCACAUGUCUGAUUUGCACAUCGACCCCCGUUAUACCGUUGGCGCCGAGGCAGACUGUUCUGCGUACCUGUGUUGUCGCCCGUCGAGCUACAACGAUCAUAGUCCGAACGUGACGGUGGAACCUGCACCCUACUAUGGAGCCUAUUACUGUGAUGCGCCAUUCCCCUUGAUCCUCGCGGCGAUGCAAUCUGUUCCUGUCCUCACGGGCACGGAGGAAUACGGAUUCAACUUUUCCAUCUAUACCGGCGAUCUGGUUUCGCAUGACCCUGGCAAUCAGCUUUCCAAGGAAUAUACCGUAUACAGCGAGACCGUUCUGUACGACCUGUUGAAGCGUCAGAUCAAUUCUGGGCCUGUGUAUGCUGUGCUCGGAAACCACGACACCUAUCAAGAGGCGCAGAACUCUCCCUACAACAUCGGCCCGGAGCUCACGGAUCAGUUCAACUGGGACUAUGAUCAUUUGGCAGCGUUGUGGGAAUAUGAAGGCUGGAUUUCUUCCGAGACGGCACAACAAGCUCGCACUCAUUACUCGGCAUAUUCCGUGCAACGCCAUGAUGGGCUGAGGAUCAUCACACUGAACACUGACAUGUGGUACACGGACAACUAUUAUGCCUACAUCAACCUAUCAUCGUCAGACAACUCCGGUAUGCUGCGCUUCGUCACAGAUGAGCUGCAGGAUGCCGAAGAUGCCGGUGAUCGAGUCUGGAUUUUGGGACAUGUCCUUGCAGGAUGGGAUGGUACUAACCCCUUGAAGAACCCUACGAAUCUAUUCUAUCAGAUCGUCGACCGCUUCUCGCCUCAUGUCAUUGCAGGGGUAUUCUUCGGACACUCGCACGAAGACCAGCUGAGCAUCUUCUACGCCAAUAACGCGACUGACAUCAGCGCGGAAAGUGCCUUGGCGGUCCAAUGGAUUGCUCCCUCCGUGACACCCCUGACGAAUCUGAACUCCGGCUUCCGUGUCUAUGAGGUCGAUUCUGGGACAUUUGAUAUUCUCGACGCAUACACGUUCGAGGCGGACGUGAACUCCUUUGGGGGACUUGACGGGCAGACCGAGUUUGGGCCGACGUACAGGUUCGAGUAUAGCGCCCGCGAGGCAUACGGUGGAAGCAUCACCGGGUGGGGCCCCAAUGACCCCCUAAAUGCCACCUGGUGGCAUCUAGUGACAGAAGCCAUGGAAGCCAACUCGUCUCUCGUUACGCUGUUCAACACGUACCAGGGUAAGAGCUCUGUCCGCUCGCCGGCCUGCACGGGCGAAUGCAUCGAUGCGAAGAUCUGCUACAUGCGAAGCGGAAGCGCGAGUCUCGCUCUCCAGAAUUGCCCUUCUGGAUAUGGCUCUGUGCAGUAGACAUUGUUCUGCAACAGUGACGUCAAUGGCGCAUGGGGGUAAAAUAAUCGGAGGGCAGGGUGAGCAGGGGGUGCUGUGUAGUUGCGAUGUGCUGUAACAAAGUUAUCGAUAUGCAGAGGAUACGCGCGUGAGUAUACUAGGUCCUGAGGACGGUGGUGAAGAUUGCUCUGGCAGAGUUUACCUUGAAUGUUGAGGAAUGAGACGUAUGCUGGCGUCUAAAAGAAGUCGCUGUAUGCACAGAUCUCAAUCUCAUUGACAGGCGAGCGCAAUUGUUUCAAGUUGAAUAUAACCGGU